AGCACGCGAAGUUCAAGUGUCCGCAGGAGAGGGAGGUGGGGACACCAAAGUGCUCACUUUCAAAGACAAUCUAAUUCCUUCUGCGCAAUUUAACCCCAGGAAAGCAGCCUCUCCUUAAGGGCCAAGGAGUCCCAGCACUUGAAAGUGCCCUCCCUGCCCUGACUGAGGGAGAGGGAAGGGGUGUGAAGGCGGGGCCACUGGACGGGCGACACCCUCCCGAAGGUCCAGCCGUCGUCGGCCUUCCUGCCACCUUAGGGAGCGCGAUCGCCCUCUCAAUGGAAGGCAGAUGUCCCUUUAAGGUUUGCUUGGCAGCCCGUGGACUUUAGCCUAAACACGAGCCCGCGAAGCUGGCUUUAUUUGUCCAUGUCUCGGACACAGCCUGGGAGGCUGCCAGGAGGAUUUCAGAGAACGAGCGCGCGAAGGGGCGGGAGAUGGGGCAGUAAGUCUGGGAUAUGAAAAGCGUGGAGAGGACCUAGAGGCAGUCGUCGAAAACACAGGAAAUUCACUCUUCGGCUUCUGGGCGCCGCGGCUGACCGGGCCGGAGACUGAGACCUAAGGCGGCAGAGUGGCCCAGAACGCGCGGCUCCGUGCUGCGUCCUGCCGCGUGUUGCCCUCCGAUCCAGCGCGUCCUCCGGGCUCUGCGGGUUCCCGGGUCAUGGCCCCCCGACGCCAAGCCAGCCCAGGGGUCGCUGUCGCCUGCUGCUGGCUCCUCACCGUUGUUCUAGGCUUCUGCGUAUCAUUCAAUGUGGAUGUGAAAAACUCAAUGACUUUCAGCGGCCCCGUAGAGGACAUGUUUGGAUAUACUGUUCAACAAUAUGAAAAUGAAGAAGGAAAAUGGGUGCUUAUUGGUUCUCCUUUAGUUGGUCAACCCAAGAACAGAACUGGAGAUGUCUAUAAGUGUCCAGUUGGGAGAGGCAAACCCUUACCUUGCAUAAAGUUGGAUCUACCAGUUAAUACAUCAAUUCCCAAUGUCACGGAAGUAAAGGAGAACAUGACAUUUGGAUCAACUUUAGUCACCAACCCAAAUGGAGGGUUUCUGGCAUGUGGCCCUUUAUAUGCCUAUAGAUGUGGACAUUUGCAUUACACAACUGGAAUCUGUUCCGAUGUCAGCCCCACAUUUCAAGUCAUGAACUCCAUCGCUCCCGUACGAGAAUGCAGCACCCAACUGGACAUAGUCAUAGUGCUGGACGGCUCCAACAGUAUUUACCCCUGGGAGAGUGUUACAGCUUUUUUAAAUGACCUUCUUGAAAGAAUGGAUAUUGGUCCUAAACAGACACAGGUUGGAAUUGUACAGUAUGGAGAAAAUGUAACCCAUGAGUUCAACCUCAAUAAGUACUCCUCAACAGAAGAGGUACUUGUUGCAGCAAAUAUAAUCCAGAGAGGUGGCCGCCAGACUAUGACAGCCCUUGGAAUAGACACAGCCAGGAAGGAGGCUUUCACUGAAGCUCGGGGUGCCAGAAGGGGAGUUAAAAAAGUCAUGGUAAUUGUGACCGAUGGGGAGUCCCAUGACAACCAUCAACUAAAUAAGGUCAUCCAAGACUGUGAGGAUGAAAACAUUCAGCGGUUUUCCAUAGCUGUAAAUUCUGGGAGCUAUAACAGAGGAAUAAGCACUGAAAAAUUUGUGGAAGAAAUCAAAUCAAUUGCAAGUGAACCCACCGAGAAGCAUUUCUUCAACGUCUCUGAUGAACUGGCCCUAGUUACCAUUGUGGAAGCUCUGGGAGAAAGAAUAUUUGCCUUGGAAGCUACAGCUGACCAGUCAGCAGCUUCAUUUGAAAUGGAAAUGUCUCAGACUGGCUUCAGUGCUCAUUAUUCACAGGACUGGGUCAUGCUUGGAGCAGUAGGAGCCUAUGACUGGAAUGGAACAGUCGUCAUGCAGAAAGCUAAUCAAAUCAUAAUCCCCCAAAAUACGACCUUUAACGUUGAGUCUACCAAAAAGAAUGAGCCUCUUGCUUCUUAUUUAGGUUACACAGUGAACUCUGCAACUGUUUCUGGAGAUGUGCUGUACAUUGCUGGACAGCCAAGGUACAAUCAUACGGGCCAGGUUGUCAUCUACAGGAUGGAAAAUGGAGACAUCAAGAUUCUCCAGACACUCAGUGGAGAACAGAUUGGUUCCUACUUCGGCAGUGUUUUAACGACGGUUGACAUUGAUAAAGAUUCUAAUACCGACAUUCUUCUGGUUGGAGCUCCCAUGUACAUGGGAACAGAGAAAGAGGAACAAGGGAAAGUAUAUGUGUACGCUCUGAAUCAGACAAGGUUUGAAUAUCAAAUGAGCCUGGAGCCCAUUAAGCAGACUUGCUGCUCAUCUCUGAAGCACAAUUCAUGCACAAAAGAAAACAAAAAUGAGCCAUGCGGGGCUCGUUUCGGAACAGCUGUCGUUGCAGUGAGAGACCUCAAUCUUGAUGGGUUUGAUGACAUUGUGAUAGGAGCACCCCUGGAAGAUGAUCAUGGGGGAGCCGUGUACAUUUAUCAUGGGAGUGGCAAAACUAUCAGGAAGGAGUACGCACAACGUAUUCCAUCAGGUGGAGACGGCAAGACACUAAAAUUUUUUGGCCAGUCUAUCCAUGGAGAAAUGGAUUUAAAUGGCGAUGGUCUGACUGAUGUGACUAUUGGGGGCCUUGGUGGUGCUGCCCUCUUCUGGUCCCGAGAUGUGGCUGUAGUUAAAGUGACCAUGAAUUUUGAACCCAAUAAAGUGAAUAUCCAAAAGAAAAACUGCCGUGUGGAAGGAAAGGAAACAGUAUGCAUAAAUGCUACUGUGUGUUUCGAUGUGAAAUUAAAGUCCAAAGAAGACACAAUUUUUGUAGCUGAUAUGCAGUACCGCGUCACACUAGAUUCACUAAGACAAAUAUCACGAAGUUUUUUCUCUGGAACUCAAGAAAGAAAGAUUCAAAGAAACAUCACAGUUGAAGAAUCAGAAUGCACUAAGCUCUCCUUCUACAUGUUGGACAAGCAUGACUUUCGGGACUCUGUAAGGAUAACUUUGGAUUUUAAUCUGACUGAUCCAGAAAAUGGGCCUGUUCUUGAUGAUUCCCUACCAAAUUCAGUACAUGAAUAUAUUCCUUUCGCCAAAGACUGUGGAAACAAGGAUAAAUGUAUCUCGGACCUCGCCCUCAAAGUAUCCACCACAGAAAAGGACCUGCUUAUUGUCAAGUCUCAUAAUGAUAAGUUCAAUGUUAGUCUCACAGUCAAAAAUAAAAAGGACAGUGCCUAUAACACCAGAACCAUAGUGCACUAUUCUCCAAAUCUAAUUUUUUCAGGAAUUGAGGCUAUCCAAAAAGACAGUUGUGAAUCCAAUCAUAAUCUCACAUGUAAGGUUGGAUAUCCUUUCCUGAGAAAAGGAGAAGAGGUUACUUUCAAAAUAUUAUUUCAGUUUAACACAUCUUAUCUCAUGGAAAAUGUGAUCAUUCACUUAAGUGCAACAAGUGACAGCGAAGAACCUCCUGAAGCCCUUUCUGAUAAUGAAGUAAACAUUUCUAUCCCGGUAAAAUAUGAAGUUGGACUUCAGUUUUACAGCUCUGCAAGUGAAUACCAUAUUUCAAUUGCGGCCAAUGAGACUGUCCCUGAAGUUAUUAAUUCUACUGAGGACAUUGGAGAUGAAAUUAAUAUCUUCUACUUGAUUAGAAAGAGUGGACAUUUUCCAAUGCCAGAACUUAAGUUGUCAAUUUCAUUUCCCAACUUGACAUCAGAUGGUUAUCCUGUGCUAUACCCAAGUGGAUGGUCGUCUUCUAAUAAUGCGAACUGCAGACCCAGUAGCCUUCAGGACCCUCUUGGCGUCAACUCUGGGAAGAAAAUAAUUAUAUCCAAACCUGAAGAUCUCAAAAGAGGCACAAUUCCGGACUGCAGUACGUGUAAAUUUGCUACCAUUACGUGUAAUUUGAUUCCUUCUGACAUGACCCAAGUGAAUGUUUCACUUAUCGUAUGGAAACCAACUUUUAUUAAAACACGUUUUUCUAGCUUAAAUCUUACUUUAAGGGCAGACCUUCAGAGUGAAAAUACAUCACUGAUUUUAAGUACUGGCAAUCAAAAAAGAGAGUUUGCUGUUCAAAUAUCCAAAGAUGGACUGCCGGGCAGAGUGCCAUUAUGGGUCAUCCUGUUGAGUGCUUUUGCUGGAUUAUUGCUAUUAAUGCUGCUCAUAUUAGCCCUGUGGAAGAUUGGAUUCUUCAAAAGACCACUAAAGAAGAAAAUGGAGAAAUGACGUAUUUUACAGGAGAAAAAAAAUAACAGUUAUUCGAUUAUCUAUCCUCAGGUUUGCCUCAAAUAUGUGACAAGAAAUUUAAGACAUAGUCACAUAACUUUAUGUACUCCAUCAGGGAUUAAUCACUUGGAAAAUGACAAAUCAAGGAAGAUCCAAAAACAAUACCAUAAAGAUAUAUUUUAUAAAAUGAUGAAAAAUAUUUUUAAAUAAUUACUCUGUUAUUUAAGUAAAAUUACAAAGUGUUUUGAAGAUGAAGAAUAACUUGUACAAAUAUGUUUAUAUAUUAAAUCAGCAUCCAGAGUAUUUAAGAAAUGCAUAAAAAGAUUUUUAUGAUCAUUGAUAAAUUAAGCUUUUUCCAUUGAUUCCUGAUGGAUAUCCACAUUCAGCAUGAUAAUCAACAUUUGUAAAUGACAAGAAAGGAAUUAACCGAAAAAGAUCACUUCUCUCUAUUCAAAUGAGAAAAUUUUCCUCGAUAGAGUAUCUAUAAAAUAUGGACUGAAAAUAGAAUUAAGUCAUACAGAAUACAUUCAACAUCUUUGUGUUGGGUUCUGUACUUGGAAAGUCUUUUGUGUGUUUGUUUGCGUGUUUGUUUUUCUCCCAAAGUGUUUGGAAACAAUUGAGCUGAUGGAAAAUGAAGAUAGACUCGUUUAAAGACAGCUCACUGAAUGGAUUAAGCUUUCACAGAACAUGCUUAAUUUUGACAGGAGCCCUAAAACUCAAAACUUUCAUGCUGAAAACAGCACUUCACAGCAGUUUUGUGGGGCAUACCAGUGAUUUGUAAUGAAAAGCCCUGUUGUGUGUGGGAUAUGCUAAGAUGGUUUCUGAAUGGAACAUGACAGCAGAUGCCAUAGUAACGCCCACCUCAUCUUUGCUGGGUAGCUUUUGAACGUUAGGGGUCCAGGAUGUAACCAAAAGUAGGAGUUUUCUCAACUCCUUGGCACAUGGUUCAUUGAAACCCUCAAGCUGUGAGAGUAUGUUUAUUUUUAAUUUUUUAAAGGUAUUUAAUUUUCCAAACACAUUUCUUAUUUUUAUGAAAGGCAGCAUUCUAUUAUAAUAUUGCAUUUUUACCAAGAAGCCACUGUUUUUUUUUAGUGUGUGGCAUAUCAGUAUUUAAAUAGAACUCUAGAAAUGUAUUGUAAAGAAUCUUAGGUUUGAAACCUUGCACCAAGAGAAAGAUAUCACACCUCUGUAUGAGCUUCUUUGCUCCUGAAGUAAUCAUUAUGGUGCGUCGGACUCUACUGUAGCACAAGCUUGUAGGUUGCUCUGCUUCUUAGGAAAAUAACAAUGGAUGAAUGUAUCAUAGCCGCAUGUGUGAACUACUGCUGUAAAAUUUGCUGAUAUUCCUGCAACAACUCCAUCUCUCCACCUGGCUGACCAUCACAAGACCAGCACCUGCCCAGCACCUUACACAAAAAGUCCUAGACUCUACUUUUCUCCAAAGCAUCAAAUCAAGGGAGAAAUUAAAUGCCAUAGGUUUAAUUUUUAAAACUAAUUUCCAAGGAAUUCUCCGAGGACUCAGAGUCGGCUCCCUCGUGCCUGUCUGCAUCUACAUCUAAGAUCCUGAUGAUCAAAAUCAUACACCUGGGGAGUGCCCCGGUCAUCAAUACUAGAAGAAAGGCUCAGUCCAUCGAGAGAUAUGAUAUCCUCUUGCCGGUCGUUGUUCUGAAAUGUCCACUUCGGGAAUUUCCUUCAUUCCCACAGCCUAUCUCCAGGUUCGGAAAUCAUUCUUCCUACCUGUUCUUUCUUUGCCCGACAGGACUCAGGUCUCUCUUGUUCUGAGCCACCGCAUUGCACAGCCUAUUGGCAGCUUAGCUCCAAAAUCAGCACAUUCUUAGAAUAAAUCAAACAGGUAAACUUAAAUUCACACUUGGCCUCUAGGACUGUUAAGCAUCCUAUUUCAGUGAAUGUGCACAUUUCAACCAAAUACGAUGUUACAGGAAUGUGCACAUUUCAACCAAAUACGAUGGUAACCCAGAAGGAAAAGAUGGAAACAAUGGCAUUUUGAACUUGUUAGAAAAGAGAGGAGGAACCAUUGGGACAGAUCAAAUAGCUACGUAUAAGCCUGGCACAGUUUUUAACAGAAGUCGUUCCCAGUUUUCAAACAGAAUGUUUAAUGAACCAGAUAUCCCUUUUCCCUAGUACUAUUAUUUGUUGGGCUUUAUGUGUGUAUGUGUGUGAGCAUCUGUACGUGUAAUGUGUAAACACACAUGUACACACACACACACACACGAAUGGACACAAAGCAAAUACAAAAUACCUCAGUAAUACCAAAUGGCAAGGUUUGACAAAAUGACAAGAAAAUAAACACAAAAGCUACACCGACAAGAAAAGUUUGAUUCAUCCAUUUUCAUUAAUUAAUUCAUUCAUUUUCAUUAAUAAUUGCACAGUUCUGCAACUAUCUAAAAGAAGUAAAGGUGGAAGUUUUGACUAAAAUAAUAAAUCAACAGUAUGAGUGUUCUAAAACAUAGUCAAUGAUUAAGAAAUAUACCAAACUCUAAUCAUUUUAUUCUAAAGCACUUAAUAAGAGAAGUGAGUGCUAUUUAGGACUAUGAGUUUAUGCCAAAAACUUUUUUUUACAUUGGUAUUUUAUAAAAUUGAUUAUUUCUUUCAUUGUGAACUAAAAUAUAUAUGAAGUCCCUUUCCGGAACUUAGAAUGGUAUAUUGGUAAAUUAUUCAACAACUAGCUCUCCAGGAGGAAAGAAAAUCCCUGAUUUGUAUCAUUUGCCAAUUUCCAUGAUUUAAAUAGUCUUGCCAUGGCCAUUUUCAAGCUACCAAUAUAACCCUAACCAGCUUGCAAAACUCCUAAAAAUUGAUCUGUCAGCUCCCACGAACCAGUAUAAGCUGGCUUCAGCACACCAUUGAAAUAGAUUAGAUGACAAUCAUGACAAUAAUAGAUGAUAGAUAGAUAGAUAGAUAGAUAGAUACAGAAAUACAAUGAUAUAGAGAUAUAACAUGUUAGGCAUAUAUAAUGCAUAAAUAUACACAGUAUAAUCAUCUUUCAAAUUAUGCUUUAAAUGCUCAUCUCAAGCCCAGCAGACAUAAUUCUAUCCCUCAUUCUUCAAUUUCAAUUUCUAGAAUUAUAGCCUUCCUUUAAUAUUAAUAGAAUGAUAAAAACUUUCAGGAGAAGCAAGGAGUUGAAAGCAAGAAAAUAUAAAGGGUGACACCAUGAAAAUCAGACUUUGACAGCCACAAAGAAACUUUUACUUUCUCAAGGAAUCCAGAGCCCUGAAACAAUACUGUGAAGGUUCAUCCUUUGCAAAUAUUUGUAAUUUCUAUGAUCCAAUUUGAAAUUCAGUGGUUCCAUUUAUUCAGUUAUUUUCUCUGAGCCUUAAAGUCAUAGGCAAUUUAAUCUCUGAAUAUUUCCAUGUCAUCAGUAUGCUUGAAAUGAGGCUUGUAGGGGAAGAUGUUUUUGCAAAAUUUGAUGCUUCCUCAACCGUAAUAAAUGUACCUACACAAGCAAAUACCUGUAAAUACCUAUAGAGAUAUUCUCUUUUCCUUUUACAAAACCAAUAUCUAGAUUCAACUGGAAAACAAAUAUCUGCUCCAAAAGCAAAUGUGGUUGCACAGUGUUUGACCAAAGCUGGGUUGUAGCUGCCGUGGGAAGCUGUGCCCACAUUCUCCCCAGGCAUCCCCUGCAAGGGUCACAGCUUAUAAGGGGAACAGUCACCCCUCCAGCUCCCGGCAGUGCGCUUUCAGAGAAGAUGUCUUUGUCAAACAUGUGGUAAUCUGCUCCAUGAAAAUUAACCGUCUUGCUUGGCACAACACUGAGAAAACUAGGGAAGACCCAGGCUCCAAGCAUGAUUCAUGUGCUUGGUGCAGUCACGUUAUUGUUCAACUAAAGAGGCUUCUGGCAGCUCCUUUUUUUUUUUUUUUUAACAAAAUAAUAUCCUUUGCAUCCUUCAUUUAGUUUCAACGCUUCUCAAGUCCUGUACAUUAGUCAUCUCCCUCAACCCCACCACCAAGGGAGAUUUUCCAGAAGACUAUUGGAGAAAAACCUGUUUACAUGUCCUCUCUGUUUGCUGUGAAUACCAGCUUCAGUGAACUGAUCCUUUAUACAGAAUUUCAGGCCUCAGGUCUUCUGUGACACUAUAAAGGCAUGUGACAUGAUAUAGGCAUAAUGUAAUAGGGACAAAAUGCCUUGUACUUCAGAGAAGGAAUAUCUUUAAAUUUGCCAACCUUUGUGGGACGCUGUCAGCAUCUAUGCCAAGAAUUGUAGGUUUGUAGGAUGUAGCCAUCAGCACCCCACAAUCUCCAUCCUUACCCAUGGACAUGAUAAUCCAAAAAAUUAAGAGGGCUCUAAAAUCUUCAGAUUUUUUUUAAUGCAAACACAGCUUCAAGAUGAGUCCACUUGGCAACCCCUUUCGUACCAAACUGCUAUCCCUAAACCUCUCCCGCACAGUACUUCUGAUGUUAACUCUGCCGUGCAUUACAAAAGGGCUCAAUUCUGCUGUUUCCCAAAUGGAAGCGCUAUUGUGCAGUAUCUUAUGUAAAACAAUAAAAAUAGAGCUAACACCUAACAUUGUGAUCUGGUGAACAAGUCAAUAUCCUUGAUCCUCAUAUUUUUUUUAAAGAUUUUUAUUUAUUUUUUUGAUACAGGGAGAGAGAGAGAACACAAGCAGGCAGAGUGGCAGGCAGAGGGAGAGAGAGAAGCAGGCUCUCUGCUGAGCAAGGAACCGGAUGCGGGACUCAAUCCCAGGACCCCGGGAUCAUGACCUGAGCUGAAGGCAGCCUUUAACUGACUGAGCCACCCAGGCAUCCCCCUUGAUCCUCAUAUUAAAAUUUAACCUUGAAUUUUAAAAUUCAAGUAGCAGCCUUUAAUCAUCUACCUUGAGGAAACAUGAAGAAGCCUGUGUCAGCUCCUAAGCCCCAACCGCAUUGUCCCCUGCGACAUCUGGCACCUGGAGGUCCAGGUCGUAACUGAUGGGGAUGGAUACAUACUUCUGCCUCUAUGAACGGCCUGAGCUUAACCCCUGAAUUCAUGGCACCCCAGAUCAGCCUGGCCCCACCCCAUAUCAGAUAUACAUGUAAGCACUUCUUGCUGAAAAUUUGCCAUACUGAAAAAUACAAUGCAAGGUGAGUUAUCAUUUCAGACGUACUCUGCUUUGAGGUCAGAGUCUUUUUUUUUUUUUUUUUUUUGCCUUUUUAAAUAUAUCAAAACCUUUCCCCCAUAACUAAUGAGUGUAGAACUUUACCUAAGACUUCCUUGCACUUGCCUCCUGCUACUGGCUGGAGAAUAUCCAUGCUAUGAGGACUGACAGCAGGAUCCAGAGCCCAUUUGCAGUAUCUUUCUUCCUUCUGCCCUCCAGUCCGUCUCUUCUAUUCUCAAGUGCACACUGGGGAUGUUUUGUUUUGAUCUGGAACUUCUUGGCAAGGCCAUUACAAGCCUCAUGCCCCUUGCAGGACCUUGCAUGGUUGCAUGUUUUCUGGUGAGUUGAGACUUGGAAAUCCUUUAAUUAUCUGACACACCACGGAAACCCUGGCAGUACACUAGGGACGAGUGACAUUCCCAACUAUGAUGAUAUUUGAUUUCACCACACUUCAAGUCACAUCUUUAAGAAAAAAAAAAAAAAAAAGACUAAGUGGAAUUUUAGAAGCUCAUCUGCAGAAGACGGAGACUCAAUGCUUAAUCUUUUAUUUCACCGUGAUCUGUGCAUAUAGAUGGAGGACAAAAUUUUAAAGAGAAAUCUUCCAAGUAUCACAGAAUGAAAGCCAGGUGUCCUCUUGAACAAUUCCCUAUUGCCAUUACUUGUUCCCACCCCCAUUUUUAAAGCAAGAGAUUGAAUGAGGAAAACUAAACAUCAUUGUUCCUCCACAGAGUCGUAGCCAAGCUGAAGGGAAGACACACCCUCACACAGAAACUGAUCGUGGCUUUCUGAGACAUUGUAGCGUGGUAGGUCCAGUGCCAGGUGGCAGGCAGUCUUCCUGUCAUGCCCCCCUGAGGCAUCUUGCAUGUUGAGAGACAGAAAAAAAAAAAUGGUGGGGGAGAGGAAAUGAAGCUAUUUCUCUUUUAUAUGUACAUCCUUCCUCCUCAAAAAUACCACAAGCUUCCUUAGACCACAUUGUACCCACACACCAUAUUAACACAUGUACUUUGCACGAGUAAAUUGUUGAUUAAAUAAAAAUAUAUUCUUACUUGCUUAUUAGCUAGGGCUAAUUUGCUAGAGUUUAGUACACUUCGUCUCAAGUAAAAACAAUCCUUUGAAGCAGCAACACAUCAGAUCUUCUUCAUACUGGAAUCAUUUCGCACCGGACAUCCUGAUACUUCGCAUUUAAUUCCAACACCUCUUGGCCUUAUUGCAGGAUGCAACAGUGCUCUCUCUCUCUGCUUUCUUCAUCAGGAAACAUCGGCCGGUGAAGAGAAUGGUCUAAUUGUGUAUUACUACUGUGAGGGUUUAAAAUUGUUAACCGUGUGAAGAAUCGUAUCCAUUUGAUUAAAAAGAAAAAUAUUGUAUAUAAUAACUACUGCCCUGAAACAUGUCUCCUAUCACUCUAAUAAAGUUUUCAGCAUGGCCUGACAUAA